AUGCACGACGCCAUGUCGGAGUACUUGGCUUGCAGGGAUGAAGCACAAAGCCUUUCGUUGCUUCACACCAAGAGCACAUAUCAAGGGCUUGGAAGCCCAGAGGCUUCUUAUCAAACCGUUCUGAAUGCAGCCUUGAAAGACCCCAGGGACCACCACGCUGUGGCAUCAGACUUUGCCUUCAGAACUCGAGAAGUGCUGCCCGUGCCUUUCGAAGUCAGCUUGAAAACCAUUGCCCGCAAGGAAGGUUGGGAGCCUGAGACAUUCAUGGCAGGUGGCGCCACAUGCACGGAUGCCACCAUCAAGGGUAUUCGUGCUUCUAUCAAAGAAUAUGCCCGUCUGCAUUACGGCAACAAAGAAAAGAUGUGCACUUGGCUGAACUGCGAAGAUGACAAGACAGUCACUGGAGAUGGUGCCACGGCGCUGAGUCAUUACACCCAAGUGUAUGGACUGGUGUCGCUUUGUGAGUAUGUGCUCCAGCCGACUGCAAGCAUGUUUUCCAAGAGAAUCCAUGCGACGUGGCAAACAAGGCCAGUGACAAGUGACCCUGAUCAGCAGAGCCAGUCCAGCAAAGAGUUCCUGAUUGACUUCUUUGGUUGGAUGGGGCGCGUGGCAAGCAACCAGGACAAAGACCACUAUUUUGACAAGUUCGCCUUGCCCGUGCUCAGGAAGGCUUUGCAGGGAAUCUCCGACUUCUUUCACGAGAAUCACGAGAAUGUAGAAUACCACUUUCAGAAGGAGAAAGAGGAAAAACCAGCAAAGUACGUCUUGGCAGCAGUCAAAGACCUCUUGAAAGUUGGCAUCUUGCAAGAGGUUGACAAGAAGGAAGUGGAAGAACAGGCGCCCAAACUUAAGGACAAGAAAAGCGCCAAGAGCAAGGAGGCCACGCUAAAGAGCGAGCCACGAGGUGCCGAUGCUAAGUGGCACCAGGACAAUGGCUUCUACCUUAGGGAUUCAGCAGAUGCUGAUGCCAGCAUGCGUGAUGUUGGCCAGGCUUGUGUGAAGCUGUUCAAGUUGCAAGACUGUUCCAAGAUCCUUGCAGCCUUGCAAGAGAAGAAUCUUAUUCUUGAACUUGAGACGCGAGUAUGCUGUUUGGUGGCCGGAGCCUCCAAGGGCCCCAAGCGCAUCUCGAUUGUGGCAACGUCAUUGCUCCUUCAGAAGACUGGUGCGUCUUUCACAAUGCUGGCACAGGCACAGCUCGUUGGCAGCACGGGACGUUCACUGGCCUAUCAGAUCCGACGCUGGGAGUUGGACUGGACCUUUCUGCUGGAUUUCCUACAGGGGCUGAAUGCAAUGGAUUCACAGAACAGCUGCCGCUACAGAGAAAUUAUCACCGUUGGCUUUUCAGUUGGUGGAAUGCUGGCUCUGGCCACCGCAAGCAAAGUGGUUAAGCCCAUGAGUGGGAAGGACAAGUCUCUUGUGCAUGUCAAUCGCAGCCUGAGUGGCAGCCCUUGCCGCUUGCGCUUUGUCUCCGUCCACUCACCAGAUUGUGUCCGGACAACAUUUGAAGCGAUGACAAAGUGGGCUUUCUGUGCCCGACUGGACAUUCCAUUGACUUUGCACUUCUGGGCAGUGAACCUUCGAAGCGGUUUGCUCUUCAAAUGCCCCGGAGGUCCUUGGUUUCCCUGGCCACCCACCUGGUCAUACAUGCGGCGCUUUACUGAAGCUGCCUGGGCACAGAAUGAGGCCUUAAAGCUUGAGGCAGAAGGGAAUGCUGUCAGCGUUGAAGAGUUGAAGAAGCCAUUUGAACACUUUGACGACUCAUUUGCAUUGCGACUUCGAAAGGUGCUUCCAGCAGGAGAAGUCUUGCGCAUUCAGAAUCCGGAGGACCCGGUAGUAGAUCAAACCACUCUUGAUUCAAAAUGCUUACGAUGCUGCGAUAUUUGGUGGGUCCGUGGAGGCGGUCAUGUAAUGUGCUUUGGAGCCUCCAAAGACUUGGCAAGGCGUUUGCGGAAGUGGGUUGAUUGCAAACCUGCGGCCAUUUGA